GCAGUCUGCUCCCUCCACUUGAGAGGUGGAGGUGGCCUCUCCAGCCUUCUCUCCCGUCUUCCUUUCCUCCAGCCACCAGCUGUGUGAGGCUGGGGCUCUGGGACUGAGAGGAGGGAGGAAGGGAAAUGGGACUGAGCCCAGGGGUAACUUGAUUCCCCUGCGUGGGGCUGAGGUGGUUGGGGGACAGGCACCCCAUGAAAGAGGGGGCCUGGAACCAAUCCCCAAGGAUUCAUUUGAGCCAGGGCUGGAAGACUGGCGAUGGGGGCUCCUGGAGGGAGAGAAGGAGCCGAUGGAGUCCAAGUCCCCUCCUUUGCUGCCCCCUCCCUCCACAGUUCCCUCACAACGCAACCCGAGCCGGGGGGCCUAAAAAUAGCCCCCGAGGCGCAACCGCGGCCGCCCUGGUGACCUUCUGGGUAGCACAGGCCGAAGGCGGGCGGGCAGCAGGAAGGCAGGCCGCCGGCCCCCCAGGACUCGUCUCCCAAGUCACCAUCCUCCCGGGUGUCCCGUGGGCGCCUAGAUCCAGCGUCCCCAAGCCCAGCUCGCAGAGGCCAUGCAGAAAGCCCGGGGCACGCGAGGCGAGGACGUGGGCACGAGGGCACCCCCCAGCCCAGGGGUGCCCCCGAAGAGGGCCAAAGUGGGGGCCGGCGGAGGGGCCCCGGCGGCCGGGGCCGGGGCCGGGGCUGGGGCUCCCGUCUUCCUGCGACCCCUGAAGAACGCGGCGGUGUGUGCGGGCGGCGACGUGCGGCUGCGGGUGGUGGUGAGCGGGACGCCCCAGCCCAGCCUCAGCUGGUUCCGGGAUGGGCAGCUCCUGCCCGCGCCGGUCCCCGAGCCCAGCUGCCUGUGGCUGCGGAGCUGCGGGGCGCAGGACGCCGGCGUGUACAGCUGCAGGGCCCAGAACGAGCGGGGCCGGGCCUCCUGCGAGGCUGUGCUCACUGUGCUGGAGGUCGGAGGUAAUGGGGAGGUGGGGCCAUCCCUGUCGGGCUGGGGGGAGCUGGAGUAGAGAAGGGUUGCCCAGGCCACGUGGGCCAGGUAGCGGCUCCUCCGCCUUCUUCCCAGGUUCCCAGGCUUCUCAGCUGUGCAGGCCCCAAGUGCAGAUCCAGAGGGAAAUGCAGGGAAAGGGUGUCAAGGUGCAGAGGCUCCCCCACCGAAAGGUCAGAGGUCAAGGGUCAGCAGUUGGUGAGCCCAGCUUGAGACCACACUGGCCUUUUGGGGAAUUCUGUAGUGGAAGCCCUCCCAGCUCUCCUGUAGAGAGAGAAGCCUCUCUGGAGAAAUCCUCUUCUUCAGCUCCAGGAACAGACUUGAGAACCAGGCCAUGAAUCCUUUGCAGGUGUGUGCCUGUCUGAAGGAGGGGCCAGUUCCCCGGGGGGCCAGGCUGCACUGUGGAGGGGAUGGGCCACUGCUGUGGCAGGGCUGGUGUGAUCAGCACCAGGCAGGGCGGAAGGGUCUGGGACAUCAGGAGGUGGAGCCGGGGUGGAUUGACAAUCACAUGCAUGCAUGUGUGGAAUACUUGCGCAGGCCGUGGAGCGCUGGAUCUGUGUGGUGAUACAAACAGAUGUGGGAAAGGGGCCGGGAAAGGUGGGGUGGAAAACCUGUGGACCACAUCCACUAAGGUUCCAGAGUGAAUUUGGGGAGGCAUGGAAUGGGGAUGUUCUGGGCAGUCCCUUGUGGAGGUACAGUUCCAGGCUGGUGGUCUGAGGCAGAAAGGAAGGACAGGGGCCUGGGCCCUGUGCUUGUGGUUCUGAUGGGCCUGGUGGGAAUUCUCCUUGGGUCAAUAUUUGGGCUUCUGUUUUUAUUUUCUCAUUUCCUGAGUUAGCUGAAUGGUUCUUCUCUUGGUCAAAGGCAGAGCCUUGGGUAGAAAACAGAAUUUUGAGGAAGUAGAGUUUGGGGGAGAUGGCAAACAACUGGAAGGAGGUGUCACUGUUCCAGGAAUUUGUCAGAGGACAUCUCAAUCCAGUUGGGUGGUCUCCUAUAGGGGCCAAUCCUAGGAACCUGGGGAGGAGACCCCAGGAUGAAGGGAAGACCUCAGCAGCUAGAGGAAAAAGGAGACUGGGAAACAGCUCUCAGCAUCUCCUCUCCCAGCCUGACCCUGAUCACUUCCCAGGGUCUCCAACUACUGGUUCCUCAUGGUCUCUGUGGCCAGACCUGAGUAAGAGAAGGCUAAGGCCAACUUCUCCUGAUUGGCUUAGCCACUCAUCGGGUACAGGCUUCUCCAGCCUGGGGUGAUGGAGUGGAGUGCAUUCUGAGCUGGGGAAGGACUGGACUUACUUAGCUCUGGUCCCCUCAGGAGUAAAGAGUGCUGAAACAACAUAAAUCAAAGGGUAAGUUAUGUACCUUAAUGAGAACAGGUGUAGGAAGGGAGAGGUAUUAGGUAAGAUGAAGGAAGGACAGAGAAAGAGCAGUGGUAUAAUGUUUGUUUAAUGUUGGACAGGUCCACAGAGAACUGCUGCUCCAAACGCUUCCUUUACAGGUGAGGACAUUGUGGACCAGAGGGGAGGGAGAUCUACCUAAGACAUGCAGCUAGGUAUGGCCAUCCCAUCCCAGGCUCUUAGUUUUGGCUCUGGGGGCUCUUUACUAAGAAGUUCUGAAAAGUAAGAGAGAGGGAGAGAAAGACUGAGUGAGCCAUGCAGUAUUUGGGGAGUGUCUGAUAUGGUACAGGCCUGGAAUUUCUUAAGAUGGGAGUCUCCUAGUCUUCCUGGUCCCUCCAAGUGCUUAAUUAUCAGGGUGACAUGGUGGGCAGAGUUCAGCUCUGGCUGGGUUUAACUAGACAGAGGCUGGGGACAGUCUCCAGUCUGGGCUGCUCUGAUGAAUCGCAGGUUUGAAGGUUGUGGGUGAGGAAAAGGCCCCCGGUGCUGUGGGGCUGGAUUUGGGGCCUUUGACAUUCAUGUUAGAAUCAGAAGAGGAUUGGGCUGCAGCAUGUCACAUAUGAGAAUAUGUCCAGAUUGUACAGACAGAAGACAGCACAACAAACGGAAGCCUCAUUCCAUCCCGCUGGAAAGAACCAGGUGGUUAACAAUUAUACCCUUCUCCCAUGAUUUGGGGGAGAGAGGCUUGGCUUUGGUGAUGUUGGGAGAUUCACUGGAUGAGUCUGGCUUCCAUUUCCUUCUAUUGGCCACCCCUCCACCAGUCCCUUCCCAGUGACAGCUCUUGAACAGAGGCAGCUGCACAAAUAUCUCAGCACUGCUGAGACUUACUCAUGGAAAACUUUCUUGGUUGGAAUCAACAGCAGGAUUCAGGGUACUCGAGGAAGCCAAGCAAGGACCUGGCUGCAAAGAGAAGGAGGCAGUUUCCUGGCUGAGAUUGUUCUUUGGCCCAGCGAGACAGGGUGAUGCUAAGAGUCCUGGCAGGCUCAGGAUGGAUGGGUAUUGGCUAGGCCCUGAGAGGUUGGGUCCUUGAGGUGAUGAGUGGGCUGCAGGCUGGGGAGUUUGGAGGGUGUGAGAAACUGGGAUGGUAGUGAUAGGAUUUGGGGAUAUAGAAAUGAGGAAAAAAUGGGAGGUGAAGAAAGUAGAAAUGCAGGAUGUUUAUAAAGUCCUUAACUGUGUAAGGCACUCUAUCCCAUUUAAUUAUUUAAUCUUCCAAACCCCAGGUUAUUAUUAUGACAGUUAGUCAUAAAAACAACUGGGGUUCAAGGAGAAAAUUUACCCAAGGUCUGUCACAUGGCUGGUAAGGGGGUAGGUUUGGGUUUGAGUCUGUAAGUCUGGGUCCACACUGCCCCCUCACAGAAAGAGAUGGGUGGGAAGGCUUCAACAAGAUUCAUUAUCAUGAACAUCUUUCUGCUGUCAACAUGGCAAUCUACCUUCUGAUCUAGUCUCCAGCCGAGGCAGGCAUUCUUUUCUUUCAAAACACCAGGUUUCCACCUGUACAAGCUGAGGAGCCAUAUGUAGAUUAAGUGACUAAGUGACGGGAACAAGUGCUACCCUCAAAGCUUGGGGCAUACGUGGCUGCAGGGGAAGCCUCUUUGUAAGGGGGUAAGAGGGAGAAGGCACGGUUGAGAGGAGGGGCAAAUGAAGGAUGCCUGCCCAUGUGUUAGCUGGAGUUUUGCACAGGGUCUGAGGGACUUUGGUGUCAAUCAUAAGGUCAACAGAUGGUAAUGAACCAUUCUGGGGACGGAAGGUAUGAAGGGCAAAGUUAGAGAUAGGAAGAGAGAGUCAGUUUAAGCAAAGGAAAGAUAGGGAGUGCAGCAGAACUCAUGUUAAGAAAUAUUCUGCAAUUUCAUCAUCUUUUAUUUUCUGGAAUUUGAAGUGAAUAGAUGAAAACCCAGGAGGAAACUAGUAUGGAGCUGGGAAUGGGUAUGGAGUGUUGCUAUCCAUUCAUGCCAAAUGCCAAUCAGAGAGAGGAGGAGGGGCCAGAGUGUGAGCAGAAGGAUGGCCUGGGAGGGAAGCAAGAGAAGAGCAGAGAGGAGCAGUGAGUCAAAGCCUUUGCAGGAGACACUGUGCUGAUCAGAGCAGAUCCUUCCAAGAAGCUCUGGGUAGAAUCAGGAGGGUGGUCACUUCUCCAACUGUUUCUUAGAAAAGGAUCUGGGUCAAGACAGAAAAGUGGGGACAACUGGAUGAAGAAAGCUAUUCUAGAAGAUCCAUUGUCCCCCUCCCUAGCACUCCUUAUCCCACCCCACCUCUGUAGCUCUACCACCAUUUAUUCCCAUAUUUAUUGAGUGCCUCUUAUAUGCCAAUUACUGUUUUAGGUACUUGGAAUACACGAGUGAAGAGGAAAAAACUAACAUUCAUGUCCUCCUAGAGGUUACUUUCUAGAGAAGAGAGACAGACAAUAUACAACAAAUGUAGUAAAUAGGUAAAUUAUACAGAGUGUCAGAAAUACAGAGCAGGGUAGUUAGUGAGGGAGGGGAAAGAGGGAGAAACUGAAUGGAGGCAGAAAAGAGAGGCAAAGGGGAGGAGAGUGGGUGCCUGCAGCUCAGAGGAGUGUCUUCUUGAGAGAUCAGGUAUGGCACAAGGACUUGGAUUUUCUCUAGCUAAGGGGAAAUGCUGGCAACAUGGAAAUGGGAAACCUGAGUUUGGGAAGUAGCAGGAGAGCACAGCUGCCAGCCCAGGAGCAAAGGAAAAUGGGGCAAUCUGGGGCAAACGGCAGAGGCCCACUCUGAGAGCAUGUCCCAGACCAGCACUUCAGCAACACAGGUCCAGGGCAGGAGCACAGAAUCUCCCCACCCCUCCUAGGCCCAGCUGUCCCGUCACUCACGCCCGCUGCUCAUUGGUUAUUUUUGCUACGGAAUGUGCCAGCCCCUCGGAUUCUCCUGGGGAGCAGAGGCUCAAGUUACCCCCUCUCCCAUCUCAGCUACCCCAUCUGGGUGGGACAUCUGGGGUGUCCAGGGUCCUUUGGCUGGAAGCAGUAUGGACAGACACACAUGCUCUCUCAAUGCGCAUCCCUGUGUAUGGAUCUGUACUUGACACACUUGCCACUGACAGUCUGGGACACAAGAACACCUGUAUGUAUCUGGAAGGUAUAAGGUGUGACCUUAAACUUAAAAAAAAAAUAGGG